ACUUAUCAGACAUGGACUUUUAUUAUUUGGCUGGUUCGGCGCCUUGCCGCGCAGUUAUUAUGACGGCCAAGGCCUUGGGCGUGGAGCUCAACAAGAAAGUCCUCAAUCUCAUGGAGGGUGAGCACCUGAAACCCGAGUUUGUGAAGAUCAAUCCCCAACAUACUAUUCCCACCAUCGUGGACGAUGGCUUCGUCUUGUGGGAAUCGCGUGCUAUUCUUGUGUAUCUGGUUGAGAAGUACGGCAAGAAUGAUUCGCUGUAUCCCAAGGACCCCGAGCAGCAGGCUGUAAUCAAUCAGCGUCUAUACUUCGACAUGGGCACGCUGUACAAGUCGUUUGCCGACUAUUACUAUCCUCAGUUGAUGUACAACAAGCCCGCUGAUCCGGAGGCAUACAAGAAGAUUCAGGACGCCUUUGGCUUCCUCAACACUUUCUUGGAGGGUCAGGACUACAUGGCUGGCAGUCAGCUGACCAUCGCUGACAUUUCACUCUUGGCCACAGUGUCGACCUUUACAGUCACCGGCUUCCAGCUCAGUGACUAUCCCAAUGUCGAGAAGUGGUACGAGAAUGCCCAGACUGUGACUCCCGGCUGGGACGAGAACUGGGAGGGUGUGUUGGAAACCAAGAAAUGGUUUGAAGCUAAGUUUGCCUCUAAGUAAAUUUUUAAUUACCAAAGUUUCAGAAUUCUCAUUGUUGUUUGUUAAAAGUAAAUAAAUGUUAUGUAACUUAAAAACCCAAGCAUUAUAAUUACU